GCUUAGCCCACCCUGUUGCCAUGGAUACAGUGAGGAGGAGCACAGAAGGGGCGAGAGAAAGAGAGAGAGAGAGAGAGAGAAGGGGGGAGAGAGAGAGAGAAAAGCUGCAGGCAGGCGAUCAAGACAGCCAGAGUGGGAGUGAAAGAGUUGUUGGAAGCAGCGUGGAGAGAGAGGGAGAGUGGAUGUGCAGUCAGAGAAAGCCCAAAGGGAAGAAGCAAAGUGCUAGUGGGAAGCGAUAAAGCAACACAAUGGAGGUGCAGACGGAGUGUGCGGAUCCCACUGCGGCCCCUCCGUGCGACCCCCAGCCCACCGGGAAGAUCAACAAAGCUGCCUUCAAGCUCUUCGGAAAGCGACGUGCCGGCUCCGGAAUGGGCAGCUUCUUCUCUUUCAGAAACAAAGGGGCCACGCUGAGCAGGACAAAUGGGCAUUCUGACACUGGGAAUUCGGUGAAUGGGAAUGGUUCAAUGUCAUCAGUUGAGCUGGUGAGAAGCAAAACACACGAUGGACUCACUGGGUCCAUCAACGAUGCUGAUGGACAGAGAGGGGAGGGGCUGUCUGUCCUGGAGACAGGAACUGUGAGGUCUUUGAGCAAAUCGCUAAGUUUCUUCUCUCUACUGAGACGUGGGAGUCUUAAGUCAAGUGAAAACGGUGCGGGACUUGUACGAAGAGGGAGGGGCUUGAAGGGGUUUUUCAGUAGCCUCCGCUGGCGACGUAAGGACAUAACAAACGAGGGAGACGGGGAAGAGUUGGAACCCCAGAAGGAGAAGGAUGUGGAUAUUGCAGACCCUGAAACGGCAAAGGAUGUCACCCUUACCCUUGACCCAACAGCACAUUAUCACCAGGAGGAUCAUGGGAAGACAGAGGCCGAAUGUAACCUCCAAGCGGCCGAGGCUCACGCUACCAGUGUUUCACUGACACCCACACACUGUGUGGCCGUGCCGGGCCCAUCUGGUGAGCCAGAUUCCCCCUCUCCUUACACACCCAAUGACUCCCCUUUGUACCCUGCCACCAGCAAGGCCAAAGCCUCUGUCUCUAGCCUCAGCCCCUCACUCGCCACACCGCCUUUGGAGUGUUGCAGCACGGCCGACCCGCCCUCGGAACCCUCGGUGGACCGCCUGUGCUCUCUUCUCUUCAAUGACGUCACAUCCCUCAAGAGCUUUGAUUCACUCACCGGCUGCGGGGACAUCAUUGCCGAUGCAGAUGAGGAGACGGCGGGUAAUGGGGGCAGUGGUACUAGUAGCAGUAGCAGUGGUGGAGGGGGAGGGGGGAGUGUAGGCGGAUCAGGUGUUGGGAGGCCGCUGGGAGCCACCUGCGUCGCAAAUCGUGGCUCCCCUUCGAAAGCCCCUCUAUCUUCCACGCGAACACAACCCUUGUUCACUUCAUCUUCUGGCCCGGCUUCACUUCCUGCCCGUGCCGCGGUGCCCUCCACCCCUCAACCACCCCCGGUGGGCAGUGGGGUGGUGGCCUAUAUGGGCGGCGGGGAGGAAAUGGCGAGUCCAGAGGGAGUGGACGAUGCUGACAUGCAAGGGCUUUGGCAUAUGCUGCCUUCAACCGGGGACAACUCCCCUGCUUUGCCCCGAGCACACCAACCCUCCUGCACCACUCCCACCUCCACCUACCCCCUUCGCACCCUCAACUCCGCCAGCUGCCACCAACCUUCAACCAAUGUAUGUGUGGAUCGUAAGACGCUGCAGGUGAAAUCUUUGGGCCUCAGUAAGAUUCCAGUGGUUGGUGGAGCAGGAAGUCGAGCGACAAAACCCCUCCUACCUCAUGGUCGUCACCCAACGUCACCUGGGGACAAAGAGCCACUCAGCGACGAAGGCUACUGGGAUACACCCUCGGCGACGCCCACAGCAACACCUGAGGAAAGUGGGCUGCGGCAAAGGCACAAUAUGUCACGUGAUAGUUGCUCUGGUGACCACCUGUACGACCUCUACAAUGACCCAGAAGGUCCAGAGGACGAUGACGACCAAAACAGUUCUUCCUCCUUGUCAACCGAAUACAAACUCAGCCCUCCUUCCUCCUCCUCCUCUUCUUCAUUCCGGUCAAUAAAAGGCAGCGCCAGCCUUCCCCGGGAAUCUAAGAUUCCAGUCAGCGCCAGACAAACGACACCGCCACAGUCAGCCAGCCAAUCAGCACUGUCGUCUGUCCUGGAGUCUGAAUCGUCGCUGCCAAAGACCCAAGCACCUCCUACGGCUCGCACCAGAAUCCCCGUAUCCAAGGUACCAGUGCGUCGCUCUGCAAACAAACCGGGCCCCGCAACUAGAGCAUCUAAGAAGUAGUUCCUCUUUAUUCUCAGGCCUCUAUGAACUUCAGAGGUUGACCCCUCUGUGCUGUUUUUUUUUUUACAGAGCCAAAGGUUUUCCUACGCCAAGAAAAAUGUUGCGCUGUGCAGUAAACGGCCCAUGAAUUCCUUUUGAAUCUUAAAAGCUCCCCUUCCCAAAAGGCUAGACUUGCGUAAUGCGCGCUUGUUCACCUGAGAAAAGUCGCAAGGAGACUCCAAAAAACCUGGGUUAACCUCUUCUAGCUCUCACUGGAACUUCGAAGCUUGACCCUUGACAAUCCAUGAACUCUGAAAAGUUCACUUUUCAACUACCUGCAAAAAGGCCUAACUGCGAGUUGGAGGAUUUCAAAGCUUCAAUUCAUGAGUGCAUACUGAAAAAAUAAGCUGUUUUUCUCAAAUCUUUUAUGAAGUUACACAUUUAAAUGAAUUUCCUCUUGACGAUCACUCAUCUCAUCCCUCACAAAAGAACCUUUGAUUCUCUCCAUUUAAGAGCCAAAGUAUCAUUCCUAAAUAGUUUGGAACAGAAUGUUGGGAUGCAAGGCUUUUUUUUAUCAUGGAUUUGCACCCCGAUUAAACAUCUGCAUGUGAAACAAAAAAAUCCAUUGCCACAGAGAUGUGAAGGCUUUUAAUACAUCUCUAUUUUGAAAGCAAUACAUGGUUCAUGAAAGGUCCCACCACUUUAGCACUUUGCAUACAAAGACUUCAGUUGUGGAGGGCUCCGAUUUGGCUUCUGCAUCCCAAAUUUCCUUAAAACCAAUUGCACCAUGGGAAGUUCAGACACACCGAUCUUUUUUUUUUACAAAAAAAAUCACUGUACCUUAUUAGAAAUGUCAGUACCAAUGGCAAUAUAUUAAUGCAUAAACACUAGCAUUACUUUUUACUCCCUCUGCAUUCAGGGCUACACAUGAAAAGCACAAAGGUCAGGGAACACACACAAACACACACACACACAUUCAAAAUUUGUACUUGCAGCUCCACUGGAUGGCUUUCUACGCUAAGAACACAUGCAAAAACAACAUUUCUGCAUGUCGUGCUUUUCUUUUAAACAACUUUUUAUAUGCUAACAUACGGCACGGACUCAAACUGUGACUGCUCCAGUUUUCUAAUGUAUCUCUUCUUUCCAAUUAAAAAAUGUUGUAAAUGGUUUAAAUAUGGGAAUAAUUGCUUCUGGAAUAUGACUGCCACAUGACCCACCAAAAAACAACAAUGAAAGGGUUUCAAAUGAAAAUGUACGUAACUACUGUAUUCUAUCAUUGGACUGAUAUGUUUAAAAAAAAAAAAAAAAAGCCAUUGUGUAUUGCUGAAAAAGUAAACACUGUAGAAACGAGGAGCUAUUUCAGGUGUUUAUGAAAACCGAAUGUAGCUUGGCAUCUUUGUAGAUCAAGGAUUAGUAUAUAUAUUUUUGUGUGUCUGCAGGAUUUUAUAGGAGCAAGACAAAUGACUGUACAGUUUUUAAUUCCUCCCCUGUAACGUGAGCCGAUCAGCAAAGUUGUUCUCAACACGAACAGUCCCCAAAUGUAUUUUAAUAGUGGCACAGUGCAACACAGAGCAGGUAUUUCUCAGCCCUCAGUUAAACAGAGGGACUUUUAUAUGCAAAGCCAUUUGGGACUGUGCACAUUUUCUAUCCUCCGAACAACAAGGUGGUCUUUCCCGGUCAUGAUAAUGCUUCCAUCUCACUUGUAAUUAUUGAUCCAUGACACAGCUCCGGGUUCACAUAUCAUUUACUUCCCUGAUGGUAAAACGUAACCUGAUCCCAAGUUCACAGCAAGAGCGUAUUUUUUUUUUUUUUGCUGGGUACAAAGAGGUUUAGUUUGACUAGUGUUAUUUGACUGUUGGUUAGGAAAGGGUGGUGAUAACAGUUGCCUGGUGUUUUUUUUAAUUUUAUUUAUAUUUAUACUGAGAUCAAACAAAGAGACAAAACAUUUAAUUUCCCUCCAUAAAUGCCACAUCAAACUGUGACUUUACAAUGAGUGAUUACUUUUCAGUCCGUAUAGUAUAUAUAGUCAUGUCUUCUCAUUCUGGUAUGACCUGAUUUUCCGUUUCCACUAUGAUAUAUGAAAUAUUGUAAAAGAACUCAGUUCCAUGGAGUUAUCUAUUUUCUGUCCUCUUUCAUUACAAAUGUGGCGAUCGUCUGUUGCAAUGAAAACCACAUCAGGUUUCUCCUUUUCGUUUGUUUGACCAUCUGUUAGCCAACAGUGUGAAAUCUUUCCAUUUUCAUAUUUAACAAAUAAACGUGUUUGUUCAAA